CACUUGUUAUUUCGAGGCUAUUACAAACUGGGCCUUUGAAUGGAGGUCUAAGCCAUCAAAAAGGAUUAAAUUAUUAACUGUAUAGCAACACAAAUCAAUAGUCAUGUCUCACACCUGGGGAUACGGACCACACGACGGACCUUCUACAUGGAUUGAGAGUUUUCCUAUUGCUGAUGGACUCAGGCAAUCUCCUAUUAAUAUUAUUCCUGGCCAAACAUCCUACGAUCCUUCCCUGAAGCCCCUUAAACUGAAGUAUGAUCCAUCUAACGCCAUGGACAUUCUCAACAAUGGCCAUUCCUUCCAAGUUGGCUUUUUGGAUGAGGCUGACAGUUCAACACUGUCUGGAGGCCCUGUCAGCGGCACCUACAGGCUGAAGCAGUUCCACUUCCACUGGGGUGCUAGAGAUGACAGAGGCUCUGAGCAUACCAUCAAUGGAAUCAAAUUCCCAGCCGAGCUCCAUCUGGUGCACUGGAACACCAAGUACCCCAACUUUGGUGAAGCUGCUUCCAAACCUGAUGGUCUUGCUGUAGUUGGGGUGUUUCUGAAGAUUGGUGCUGCAAACCCCAGGCUGCAGAAAGUUCUGGAUGCUUUGAAUUCCAUUAGAACCAAGGGGAAGCAAACUCCAUUUGCCAACUUUGAUUGCAAAACAGUGCUGCCUGCCUCACUGGACUACUGGACGUAUGAUGGCUCCUUGACCACUCCCCCUCUGCUGGAGAGUGUCACCUGGAUCGUCCUGAAGGAACCAAUCAGCGUCAGUCCUGCCCAGAUGACUAAAUUCCGCAGCUUGAUGUUCAGUGGGGAGGGAGAGGCACCUUGCUGCAUGCAGGACAACUUCCGGCCCCCCCAGGCUCUCAAGGGACGCACUGUCCGCCGCUCCUUCAAGUAAACAGACGGAUGUUCCCCAUAGCUUGGCCACAUGUCUAGAUUUUAUAUACGCUGUGUGCCAUUUAAGCCUAUGCAUUGCUGUCAGAAUCUGCAAAUUGUUUAACCACACUGACCAAACCCUCAGUAAAUACUGGAAACAGAGAAGGGAACUGUAGCAUUCGCAGACUAGCGAGGCUAGAAGAGAUUGAUGCGCUGUGUAGAUGAACAACAGCUCCUGCACUUUAUGCCCGUUACCUACCCCUCCUGUAAUCCCAGACUAUCAGCCUCAGGAUCAUCCCCAGAUUAAUGUAAUUUAGCUGCCUGCCUACAUGGCCAUGCAAUAACAGAUGACUGACUCAGUCGCUCAGAGAUAGAGGCCUUUUAUGGUACGAUAUUGCAGGUCUUUUUUGUGUCUUCGCUCAAUAAGCACACACACACAGUAGCAUUCCUGGAGAUACAGUCUUGAAUCAGUCCUCAAUGCCUUCCACGCUUUCCAUUUUAGGAUUGUUUGUCUGCAUCGUCGUCGAUGUUUUGUGUUGUUUGUUUUUAUAGGUUGAUGCUGAAAGAACAUAAGAUAUGCAACUGAAGCAAAACAGUUUUUGUUGUCCAAACUAUUGUUAACUAUCACCCAAGUGCAUUAGUAUUGUGUCUUAAAAUCAUGAGAGUGACAGGGGGAUGUCAUUAUAUAAUCCAAGUCCAUCCUUUCAAAUUAAGUCACUGACAUGGAUUAAACCCAACAUGUUUAUAGCUAAAAAGCACCAACAGGGGCCCUUUAAAUUUUUAACCCAAAUUGGAAAUGAAAGCAUAACUCACAGUCAAGCAUUAAAACUAUUUUAUUAACCUUUUGUAUUAAUGGUUUGAAUUCUGUAAAAUCUGAUCUGUAAAAAAAUGUUUGUAUGUUUUUAUAACAGAUAUUGUAAAACAUUUCAUCCAGAGCAACUAGUUAUGAACUUAUUUCUGUUAUUCAUUCAAGGUGUUGUUUUUCAGUGAUACUCAUGGGCUUACAAAAUUGGCUUUCAGGGGUCAACUGUGGUGGCCCCAUAUAUCUCUGUUUUCUCAAUACAUGCCUCUACCUCUGUGAUGAAACUGAUGCCUGUCAUCAAGUUUACCUUCACAUUUUCAGUUUAACUGCACACCACUAACGUACAAAAGUGCAUAUGAAAUAUGUUAGUAACUUGGUGCUUAACAAAGCUCAAACAUUUAAUAUGGAUAAAGAAUUAUGACAUUUGUGACCACUUGGGGUUAAACUGACCACUGUUGGUGCUUUUAGGGUUAAAAGAGAGGAAUGUGUGUUUGAAUAGCGCUUCAUAUGUUCAGGUAAUUAUAUUAUUAUUCAUAUUAUAUAUUUUUUUGGAUUUCCCUCAAUUGAUUUUCAAGUUAUUAAGGUAAUUAUUGUUAAACCUUACAAUUAAUUCAAUGUAAAAAAUAUUGUGUGAGUCUGUCAUCUCAAAUUUGACGAGAGGUAAUUUUAUCAAUUAAAUAUAUUGUGUGUA